GCACAGUGACCUGACUUGUGAUUUCUUACUGACAGGUUUUAUGGACUUGGAACAUGUGGAUCAGCAAAAAAAUGGAUCUAAAGAGGAAGGCGGAGCUUUUAAAGAGUGAGUUAAUGAAGGAAGUGGACAUUCAUUUCAAUGAGUUUGUAAACAACUUGAUUGAAGAGUCAACAGCUCUUGAAGCCUCCACUGCAGCCACUAACUUCUACCCUGGAAAUGGCGAAAAAGAUGUCCACAAAGGAAGGUCACUGGCCAGACCCCCACCUGAGCAUGGGAAGCUGUUUAUGUCAAGACGUUCUCUACUAGAUGAGCUCUUUGAAGUCAAUCAUUUUCGGACUAUCUACCACAUGUUCAUUGCCCUCCUCAUCCUCUUCAUCCUCAGCACACUGGUAGUGGAUGGAAUUGACAAGGGCAGACUUGUCCUGGAGUUUGAUCUCUUGGAAUACGCCUUUGGCAAAUUCCCAAUUGUUUUCUCUACAUGGAUAUGCAUGUUCUUGAGCACAUUGAUCAUUCCAUAUGUACUUUUCUCAAUGUGGGCCCAGGGAUACAAGACCUCUUCUCAUCGCAAACUCCGCACUUUGUUUUAUGGAUCCCUGUAUAUGACAUUCCAGAUGGGUCUUGGCUUCUGUCCAGCAUACAUAGUCCUGCAGCACAACUUGCCCCCAGCAUCCCGGUUUGUUGUCAUUUUGGAACAGAUUCGGCUGAUAAUGAAAGCGCAUUCAUUCGUAAGAGAAAAUAUCACUCGGAUCUUCUCUUUUGCCAAGGAGAAGACAUCUAUUGCUCCAGUCCCACAAGUUACACAAUACCUGUAUUUCCUGUUUGCUCCGACUCUGAUCUACAGAGACAACUAUCCAAGGAAUCCAUCCAUAAGGUGGGGCUAUGUUGCAACCAAAUUUCUUCAGGUGCUUGGCUGCCUCUUCUAUGCUUACUACGUCUUUGCCGACUCUGCAUUCCACUUUUCCACAACAUGAGCCAGGAGCCUUUUAGCCUGAAGGUCCUUGUCCUCUGUAUUUUCAACUCUAUCCUGCCAGGUGUGUUGAUUCUGUUCCUGGCCUUCUUCGCUUUCCUGCAUUGUUGGCUCAAUGCAUUUGCUGAGAUGCUUCGUUUUGCUGACCGGAUGUUCUACAGGGACUGGUGGAAUUCAACCUCGUUUGCCAACUACUACCGAACCUGGAACGUGGUUGUCCAUGACUGGCUGUAUUAUUAUGCCUAUCGGGACUUUCUUUGGUUCUUUGGCAGAAGAUUUAAAGCUGCAGCCAUGUUGUCUGUGUUUACUGUGUCUGCUGUGGUUCAUGAAUACGCACUGGGGAUCUGCUUUGGAUUCUUCUAUCCUGUUCUUUUCAUUCUGUUUAUGGGCUUUGGCAUGAUUUUUAACUUCAUCCUUCACGACCGUCGGAAAGGGCCUAUCUGGAAUGUGGUCAUGUGGACAUCUCUGUUCUUGGGUCAGGGUGUUCUACUUUGCCUUUAUUCCCAGGAGUGGUAUGCACAGAAACACUGCCCCAUCAGCAAUCCUGCGUUUUUGGACUACUUGAAGCCACGGUCUUGGACCUGCCAUCUUGAUGAGUAA